AUGCAUAUCUUUCUCGAUAAAUAUGGAACCACAAACUUUCAACUUAUGAGAUGGGCGAUUGAGUUAAAUAUAUCAUCGUUUUAUUAUUGUAUGAGAAAUGAAAUAAAUGAUCUGAAAUAUAAGAAAGAAACUAAAAAACCUAACACUACAGCAUGGAUAAAUAAAGCGAAACCUUACUUUGUGGAUCAAAUCAGAGACACUCGUCAAGGUGAUUUAAAUAUGAACAAUUUCAAAGUAACUAAUUUAAAAUCUCUGGAAAAUGAUAAUGACGCUGUUCACAAGAAAUAUUUAUGGGAUCAAAUAAAUUCAAUUGAAGUAAAUAAAAACCAUUUAGAAGAUAAAAUAAGUAAUGUGAAAAGAUUCUUCAAACGUCAACUAAAUAAUAAAAAUUUUGUUAAUGAAACUAAACUACAAAAAGAGGUAGCAGAUGAAAAUGAAGAUACGUUUCAACAGGAAUUAAAUACUCUGGAAACUAAACUAAACAGUGAAUUACAAAAAGAACUAAGAAAUAUUAAACAACAAAUACAAAAUAUAGAUGAUAGCGAAAUCAAAACCUAUAUUCAACAACAAAUACAAAAUAUUGAUGAUAGCGAAAUCAAAACCUAUAUUCAACAACAAAUACAGAACAUUGAUGAUAGUGUUAUUCAACAACAGAUAACCACUAUUAAUAACGUAGUUUUAAACAAAAAUAUAGUCGCAUUAGAAAAGUAUCUCAAGAAAGAAAAUAAAUCAUAUUAUUUCAAUCUUCCAUUUGGAAGUUUGAAGAAUAAAGAUGCUUUUAUUACUCAUAAUAUCAAUAAAUCAAAAAUAUAUUUAUUGAAAAAAUAUGGAUUUAUAGCAAAUAUAACACUAUUUUUUCCUCAUGUAGCAGAUGGAGACCCUAAAAACUUAUUUGGUAACGGUUUUCCAGAAUCGUUUUUCUUUCCGAGGACAAGGUGUAAUUGA